AUCCGUUAUAGGAAGGAUAAGGUUCUGUCUAAGCAGACUCCUACUUUUCCUCUGGUGUCUGGCGUAAGGGAUUUGUCUAAUGGCUGUGCUAUAGCUGCUGUUCUGCACUACUACUGUCCUGACCUGCUGCCACUGGAGGAUGUGUGUCUGAAGGACACCAUGUCAGUGGCAGACAGUCUGUAUAACCUGCAGCUGAUCAGAGAGAUCAGUGAGACCAGUCUACAGAGGUGCUGUCACCUGGAGCUGGAGGACCUGCUCUACGCCCCGCCCACACUACACGUGAACAUCAUGAGUUUCAUAGCAGAGCUGCUGGGAUGGUUCGAGGUGCAUAAACCUGACUUCGUCAAGCCAUUACUACCUCUAGACCUGACAGAUGCCUCAGGGUUGUUGGAUUGCACCAGUCCUGUCAGUGGGAACAGCAACAGUGGCUCUCCCUCCUAUAUCUUCAAACAGCCCUUUGUCCCCAUAUCCUCUCCUGCGUCAUCUGAAGGGAACAUGUGGACCAAGAAACAGAUCCGUCCACUCUCGGCUGUAACCUUCAGUAUUCCAUUCGGUCUGGACAGUGACGUGGACGUUGUCAUGGGCAACCCCGUGCAUUCCGCCAGCACCAACAGCCUGACCGCUGGCGUGCCCGCCAUGAUGACUUCAUCGAGCAGGAUGUCAUCGGGGAUGACACGGGUCCCAUACAGCCCCCCCGAGGACCUCAGUCACCUGGUCAGCGCCUCCGUCCCUCAACGCUCCUCCUGGGGCCCGCACAUACACUCACACACAACGGCCCUAGGAGAGCUGCCGACAGUCGAGAUCAUCCACACUCCUGGAGGAGAAAGAGGUGGAGGAGGGAAAAGAGGAGAGAAAGGAGAUGGAGGAGAAGGAGGAGGAGGAGGAGGAAGGCCAGAGCCACGCUUGCGUCCAGAAGGAGCUCCUGCAGGUUUCUUCCUUCAUUCUCCUGAAUACGAUCUCACCCAGCUCAGCAGCUCCGCCCCCUGCCGCUCCGGAAUGCUCUACCGACCAAUAGGAGGGGAGGGGGGCGGAGGAGAGAAGCGGAGAGUGGGAGGCAGGGAGAAGGGGAGAUCGGAUGGCUCGCGGGACGAUGACUCAGUCCUCCGCGACGGAAGUGUGGACUCAUCGGAAGCUUCCGACGACCUUCCUAGAAAGCCCGGCAACGUCCGCCCUGGCCACGGUCGUCACGGCAACGGCAGCAUCAGCAACACCGGUGACAUUAGCGGCAGCCCACAGAUGACGAGCUUCGCCGAGCGGCGGGACAGAAGGAGACAGUCGGCCGCACCGGGAGAGGAGUCAACCAGCACCCCGACCACCCCCACCCUCCAUACCCCCAGCCCAGGAGGGAAGCACCCUGAGCCGGGUACAGAGGCCUGGGAGCUGGGGGCUCGCCUGGAGGAGAAACGCAGAGCCAUCGAGGCCCAGAAGAGACGCAUAGAGGCCAUAUUCACCAGACACAGACAGAGGCUGGGCAAGACUGCCUUCCUACAGCUGAAGAGAGGAGAGGGAGGAGAGGGAGGAGAGGAGCCUAUAUCUCUGGAGGAGCGUCUCAGCCACAUGGAGGAGCAGCUGAAAGAGGAGGAGGAGAGAGAAGAGGAGAAAGGGAAGGCAGAUGAAAGGAACUCCCGCCCACAGGCGCGAUUGGAGAAGCAGGUGACGUUUUCCAUGGAUACGAGGAAGGGGGCUGAGACAGCGGCGGAUAAAUGGGAGGGGCCUGAGCCGGGGGGAGGGGCUGUUCUAGGGGAGUAUAAUGAGGUGGUCCUGAAGCUGAGUGAGGCUCUGAGGUCACUACAGAACGACAUGCAGAAACUGACCCAACAACAACAACAGCUAAUGGGCAAGAAGACCACACCCAAACCCACACCUAAAACUACACCCAAAACUACACCUAAAACUACACCCAAAACCACACCUAAAACUACACCUAAAACUACACCCAGGACACCACCCAGGACCCCCACUAAGAGUCCGACUAGAACCCCGACCAAGAGCAUCAGUAAGGCGUGGGUGAUUCCUGCAGGCUCCAAACCCCCCACCUCCACUACCUCCCCCUCUCGCAGGGCCCUCCCCCAGCUCUCCUCCACCCCUCCCAAAACCCCCACCUCUACUACCUCCCCCUCUCGCAGGGCCCUCCCCCAGCUCUCCUCCACCCCUCCCAAAACCCCCACCUCCACUACCUCCCCCUCUCGCAGGGCCCUCCCCCAGCUCUCCUCCAACCCUCCCAAAACCCCCAUCUCCUCCUCCUGCCCUGCCCCACGCACAAAGAUCCACUCCUCCUCCCCCCGUAGCCCUAAGCACCACCCGCGCCCCUCCCAACCCCACCCCCGCCCUUCUGAGUUGAAGUUCCCUCCUUCCACCCGUGUCCUCAACCCCCCGCAGCAUGUGGACUCCCUCCCCCACCUGCGACGUGUCUCCCCCAGCCAGUGCCAGGUCCAGACCUCCUCCUCUUUCCGUAUUGGGGGCCCCUGCACCCCCCAGGAACCCCCUGCCGCCACGCUGCCCGAGGAGAGUACCUCAGAGACGGGCUCCAGCGAGACGCAGUUCAGCCUGGAGCUGGAGGAGCAGGAGGGUUUAGGGGGAGGCCGGCCCGUGUUUCCCCAGCCCAGGAGAGGCCGUUCUGGGGGUGGCAGCAGCUCCGGAGCCCCCUCCGAGGGCUCCUUUGAGAGCGAGACCCUGUCGCUGUCAGCUGCUUACUGCGGAGGAGGGGAGGGAGGGAGAGGAGGAGGAGGAGGGAAUCGUUGCAGCCUGAUGGAGGUGUCAUUGUCAUCCCUGGGAGGGCCAGAGGGGGGCAGUGACGAGCCAACUGACACAGAAGGACAGGAGUUGUUCUCUGACUCCAUGAGCGACCACACAGAACCUCCAACAGGAGAAACGUUGGAAUCUACGGAACCCACGGGAGAACCGAGGGAAUCUACGGAACCCACGGGAGAACCGAGGGAAUCUACGGGGGAUCAAAUAGAACAGACACAGAACACAGAACUCCGAGAACCCUCAGUGGAACCCACAGAGCAGACGGAACCGGAGGCGAGAGGAGGGGUUGGAUUCUUCUUCAAGGAGGAGAUGCGUUGUGAAGAUGAGAUGGCUCAGAGGAGAGCUGCUCUGUUGGGGAGACAGCAGAAAAGAGCAGAGGACCUGAAGAGGAGGAGACAGUGGAACGAACAGGAGAGAGAGAGCAGACCCCCCUCUGAGGAGGAGGAGCGAAGAGGCUCUCUCCCACAGACCCCUCCCCUGUCCUGCACCCCUCCCCCCGCCGCCGGUGUCCCCUCCCUCACCCCCCCGACCACGCCCAGUCGCCGUGGUGAUUUCACGCGGAAGGAGUACGCCCACCGCCAGCAGAUACGCAUCAUGUCUGACCUGGAUAAGGUGCUGCGUCAGAAACACACCAAUCAGGGACGAGUCGCCGCCAAGAAGUCCCGCCCCCGACCUCGGAGCAUGACCCGGGAGGAGUCACAGCUGUCCCGCAGCCCAGCCAAGAGCACUAUGGGUUCUAAGUUGACUAAGGUGUACUCUCACUCCUCUCUCAACCUGGCUGCUAUGGCUGACGACACCGUCCCUGACGACACCGUCCCUGACAACACCGUCCCUGACAACACCGUCCCUAAUCCUAGCAAGAAACCAUCCAGCCGCCCUGAUUCGCCCUCACGUCUGAUGUCACCGAGCCGACUGACCAAUCAGAACGGAGACAAGGACUGGGAGAUCAGCUCCAAUGGCUCCUCCCCUUCCAUCCCAGAAUACACCGGGCCCAAACUGUUCAAGGAGCCGAGCUUCAAGUCCAAUAAGUUCAUCAUCCACAACGCUCUGUCUCGCUGCUGUCUGGCUGGCAAGGUCAACGAGACUCAGAAGAACAAGAUGGUGGAGGAGAUGGAGAAGAGUCCAGCCAACCACUUCCUGAUUCUGUUCCGGGAUUCCAACUGUCAGUUCCGAGCCGUCUACACCAUGAGCCCCGAGACUGACGAGCUCAUCCGAUUGGCCGGGGUGGGCCCGCGUGUCGUAAGCCCCGCCCUGGUGGAGUCCAUCUAUAAGUACAGCUCCGACAGGAAACAGUUCAGCUGUAUCCCGUCCAAGACCAUGUCCAUGAGCGUCGACGCCUUCACCUUACCAGGACACCUGUGGCACAGCAAGAGGCCUGGCAAGCCAAAAUAA